GGUGACAGUAAUUAUUUGGACUCCACCGCCAAAGACCGCACUCAUUCUCUCUCGUGAUAGAUUCUACCUUUUAUAAAGACUGUUCCUUUUCACAAUCUUCUCGUGUCUGUGCUUCAAGUUAUCUUUUCAUUUUCAUAGUCUCAAACUCUGUUACCUCUUACUCUAAGUUAAAAGCUUUUUUCCUUCUCAAUAGUUUAAAGAAGAUGGGUAACUGUCAAGCGGUGGACACUGCCAGAAUCGUGAUACAACACCCAAAUGGUAAAGAAGAAAUGCUAAGUUGUCCAGUUUCUGCUAGUUAUGUGAUGAAGAUGAAUCCUGGCCAUUGUGUUUCUCUUCUCAUCUCCACCACCGCUCUCUCUGCCUCUUCCGGUCAUGGAGGACCUCUUCGACUCACCAGGAUUAAACUCCUCCGUCCCACAGAGACGCUUGUUCUUGGCCACGUCUACAGACUCAUAACCACCAGAGAGGUUAUGAAAGGCCUAAUGGCAAAGAAAUGUUCCAAGUCGAAGAAAGAAGGUAAGAUGUCGGAAGAUAAGGUAGAGAUAGUGAAAGCAUUUAGCUCUAAUAAGCUUCACAAUGAAGAUCAGAUGAAGAAGCAAGAGAAAGAAAGACCACUAAGAAUCUCAAGAUCAUGGCAGCCUUCUCUUAAAAGCAUUUCAGAAGGAGGUUCAAGCUGAAAAAAUGUCUAUAACGUUGGGAAACAUUCAAGAGGAGCUUCGAAACUUGAGGAUCUAGUUUGGAAAAAUAGGAACGCUAUUGACAAAAGCUAGUCCCUUGUAAUCUGUGAAAUUAAAGUGAUGAAAUUUGAAAGCAAUCAUUCUUUUUC